AUGAAUUCGGAAAAGCUUUUGGACAUCUUCCGUCCGUGUAUCUAUCCCCCUUCUAACAUCGUCUCCCUCUCCACCCUACCCCGUGUUAUACUUCCAUUUCCGCCAAACAUUAAUGCCUAUGAGAUAGCACACAAAAGACGUCGAUCGAAAAUUUGUUCGAAAACGCCAAAUGCAUUUUUCAUUUAUAGGAAAGCAUUUGUCGACCACUUGUCACUUUUAGACCAUAGGCUUAAGAUGACAGAAGUUUCAAGACUUGUUAGCGACCAUUGGAAGAAUGAAAGUCAGGAAGUCAAAGCGGCCUACGAGAAAAUCUCCAAACAGGUUGAAAUAGAGUUGAAUGAUAUGAGAAACCGGGAUUUGGUUUAUGUUGAACAACCAAAGGUUGUGAAGAGAAGACGACGAAGAAACCUUGAUUCUAGAAAAAGUUCAUUUUCAAACGAUGAAGCUGUUUCGGUUGAACAUCCUAGAAACGUCAUUGGUGAAACCCAUUAUAAAGAUGAUAUUAACUGUGAAGAGUAUUUGAAUUUGAAUUUGAUCUCGCUUUGCUCUAAUCAGCGAAUGAUGUUAAAUGAAGAAUUGACGUUACCCUUGGACACUCAUCCGAAGCAAAGUUCGCAAUCAUUCAGCAACGAUCCUCAUAUUUCCUACAUUACAAAUCAAUUUCAACAAGACGUUUAUAAAUCUUCAUCCGAAUUCAAUAAUGAAAGCAGUAAUAAAGAGACCAAUGAAGGUUUUCGGUUCGAAGAAGAUAAAUUAGAAUGGUAUUUGGGUUACUAUGAAGAUUUCAACCAUUAA